AUGUUCAAAUUUCUUGCUAAACGAAAGGAAAUUGAAAAGGCCACAUCAACAAAUCUAUUCAAUUUUGUCAAUGCCAAAUUCAGAAGUUUCAUAUUAAAUUACGAUUGGCUGGUCUAUACAAUUUUGGGUAUUCUGUUGGCCACUUGUCUAAUUUAUUACAUAUAUGAUCAAAAGCGUAUAAGCGUCAGUAGACGUAGACGUCAAGAAAUUGUAGAUGCCAGCCAAAGGGUCUCCCAACAACGCCGGCCCGGUGCCAGUUAUCGGGACCAUGAAAUUUUUCAAAAUGUCGUCCAAACUGCUCGCGAAUAUGCAAAUAGAGAACAUCGCCACACACAGUUGAAACCUAUAUUGAAUGAAGUUAAACAAUAA